AAACACAAGGCAACUCUAAGGCUACCAAAUAAGGAGGGAUUUUAGAUGGAGAAGCGCAGAGAUGUGCCUUGCAACACUAAUAAGAUGGAGAAACCCCCUUUCAGACAGAAUCAGCUCUGUGGGUCAUGGCUUAUGAAGGAGAGGCUGGGAACAGGAGGAUUUGGACAUGUCUACCUUUAUCAGAAUGAGGAAACCUCAGAAAAAAUUGCUGUGAAGCUCUGUCGCCUUGAACUUAACGCAAAAAACAAAGUCAGGUGGAGUCGAGAGAUCCAGAUUAUGAAAAAGAUGAAGCACCUUAAUGUGGUGACCGCAAAGGAUGUACCCGAGGAGAUGAUGCACAUUGCCUUGAAUGAUUUACCGCUUUUAGCUAUGGAAUACUGUUCCAAGGGAGACCUUCGAAAGUUACUCAGCAAACCAGAAAAUUGUUGUGGGUUAAAAGAGAGUGAGGUGUUGGCUCUACUCAAUGAUGUUGGUUCUGGAAUCCAGUACCUCCAUGAGAAUAAGAUCAUUCACCGAGAUCUCAAGCCAGAGAAUAUUGUGCUACAAGAUAUCAAUGGAAAGCUCGUCCACAAGAUAAUCGACCUUGGCUAUGCCAAAGACCUAGACCAGGGGAGCCUAUGUACUUCAUUUGUGGGGACUUUACAAUAUCUGGCUCCAGAGCUGUUUGAAGGCAAGUCGUACACAGUCACUGUGGACUAUUGGAGCUUUGGCACCAUGAUCUUUGAGUGCUGCUGUGGAUUUCGGCCAUUUCUUCACAAUCUCCAGCCUGUGCAGUGGACAAGCAAAGUGCGAAACAAAGGUCCUAAGGACAUAAUGGCUGUAGAAGACAUGAAUGGCGAGGUCCGCUUUUCCACCCACCUUCCAUACCCAAACAAUCUGAGCAGGACACUACUGGAGCCUUUGGAGGGGUUGCUACAGCUGAUGCUCAAGUGGGAUCCAGUACAGAGGGGAGGAGGAUUGAAUCCAGACGCAAAGCAGCCCCAAUGCUUUGCUCUUUUAGAUCAAAUACUGAACAUGAAGGUUGUGCACAUCUUAAACAUGACUACGACCCAGGUUCACUCAUUUCUGCUUAGCCCAGAUGAAGGGCUUCACUCUCUGCAACAGAGGAUUGAGACCGAGACCAAAAUCGAACUUUUGAAUCAAGAGCUUCUGCAGGAAACAGGAGUCAUGUUAGAUCCCAGGAAACCUGCUGCACAGUGUGUGUUAGAUGGAGUAAGAGGAUGGGACAGCUACAUUGUAUAUCUGUUUGACAAGAGUUUGACCAAGUACUCAGGACCUCUAACAGCUAGAACACUUCCUGAGAGUGUGAACUUUAUCGUGCGGGAAACCAAAACUCAGCUCCCUCUGAGUACCCUCAAAAAGGUUUGGGGUGAGGCAGUGAGCUACAUUUGUGGCCUCAGAGAAGACUACAGCCGCCUCUUCCAGGGCCAACGUGCAGCCAUGUUGAGCCUUCUCCGCUACAACACCAACCUUACACGAUAUAAGAACAUGAUGUUCUCCUUUUCGCAGCAGCUCAAAGCAAAGCUUUACUUUUUUAAGAGCAGCAUACAGUACGACUUGGAGAAGUACAGUGAUCAGAUGCAGUAUGGCAUAUCCUCUGAAAAGAUGCUGAAGGCUUGGCAGGAAAAUGAAGAGAAGGCUGCUGCGUUUGUACAGGUGGCAGAGAUCGGCCAUCUGGAUGAGGAAAUAAUGGCUUUGCACUCAGAAAUUGUUGAGCUUCAGAGAAGUCCUUAUGCUCGUCGACAAGGAGACGUCAUGGAGCAACUGCAAGAAAGAGCAAUUGAACUCUACAGACAAUUGAAGGCAAAAUGCAAAAUGCCAGACCCCCAGCACGGCUACAGUGACAGUUCUGAGAUGGUGAAGGUUAUUGUACAGACUGUCCAGAAUCAGGACCGGGUACUGAGGGAUCUAUAUGCACACCUCAGUAAAAUCCUUCUGAGUAAGCAGAAGAUCAUCGACCUCUUCCCUAAAAUCGAGAGAACACUGGAGAGCAUUAAGGAGGCAGACACCACUGUCAUGCAGAUGCAGAUCAAGAGACAGAGAGAGUUCUGGCACUUACUGAAGAUUGCCUGUGCACAGAACACCACACGAAGCUCUGUGAGUCAGAGUGGAGAGAUGCCCUCCUCGCUGUCAACAUGGAACCAGACUCAAGCCCAGUGCUCCUCUCGCCUCCCCAUGUCCCUGCAAGUGCCGGACGAGGGAGAUUCAGUCAAUCAUUUACUCGAGGAGAACCAGCGCUAUUUGAGUCAGCUUACCAGUUUACUGCAAGAAACCACUGAAGAGAAAUCAGAGAGCAUCAUGGCUCAAGACUGGAGCUGGACUAAAUAUGAAUCCCUGGUUGCUAAAUCACAGCGUUUGUAGAGUUUUGGUGAACUCUGUAACAAAGUAACAAGUCAUUCUUUUAAAUACAUUUAUUCAUCAUCA